UAUAAAAGGGGCAGACCGACGAGUGAGAGGCAUACACUCCUCACCUGCACUCAUACUCAUACACCACAUAGACACUCACCACUCCUCCACCUCCUGCACCGUCCCACUUCAUUCCUGCGCACAUCCCCUCGUCUGGCCGGAUGAGUUACCCGGUGGACACGAUAGGGAGUCCCUUCCGGAGAGUUAUGGAUUCUAGGACAACCGGCUACGGCUACAGCCGCUCCAGCGGCACCACCUCCAGCGGCUUUCGCUCCCAGUCUUGGUCCCGGGCAAGCCCUGGCUCCACCAUGACCACAUCUUACAAGAGGACCGUGAAUGUGCCGGUGUCCCGAGCAUACAGCUCUACGGUGCUCAGCUCCGCCGACAGCGUUGAUUAUAAUCAAACCUCCAUCCUGAACGGAGACUACAAGCGAUCUAAUGAGAAAGAGCAACUUCAAGGGCUCAACGACCGGUUUGUUGUUUACAUUGACAAGGUGCACUACCUGGAGCAGCAGAACAAACAGAUCGAGGAUGAGAUCCAGGCACUGCGGCAGAAGCAGGUGUCUCGCUCCCAGCUGGGCGAUCUCUAUGACCAGGAGCUGCAGGAGCUGCGCUCCAUGCUGGAGCAAAUCCAUCAUGAGAAGGCGCAAAUUCAGCUCGACACCGACCAUAUCGACGAUGACAUCCAGCGGCUCAGGGACCGCUUUGACGAAGAAGCCCGCAUCCGAGAGGAGACGGAGGCCAUCAUCCGUGUCCUGAAGAAGAACACCGGCGACUCGGAGUUGGUGAAGUCUGAGUUGGAGAAGAAAGUUCAGUCGCUGCAGGAUGAGAUCGCCUUCAUCCGCAACAACCAUGAGGAGGAGGUGAGCGACCUUAUCGCCCAGAUUCAGGCGUCUCAGGUGACCGUGGAGAGGAAAGACCUCCAGAAGGCAGACAUCACCGAGGCGCUCCGGGAGAUCCGCUGCGAGCUGGAGGGCCACUCCAACCAGAACCUGCAGCAGGUAGAGAACUGGUUCAUGUGCCGCUACGCCAAGCUCACCGAGGCUGCUGAGCAGAACAAAGACGCCAUAAAGUCCGCCCGUGAUGAGAUAUCAGACUACCGCCGCCAGCUGCAAUCCAAGACGGUCGAGUUGGAGUCCGUCCGCGGGACAAGAGACUCACUCGAGAGGCAGCUGAAUGACAUCGAGGACCGCCACAACAGCGACCUGGCCAGCCUGCAGGAGACAAUUCACCAGCUGGAUAAUGAGCUCAAGAGCACCAAAUGGGAGAUGGCACGUCACCUGCGUGAGUACCAGGACCUGCUCAAUGUCAAGAUGGCCUUGGACAUCGAGAUUGCUGCAUACAGGAAACUCCUAGAGGGUGAAGAGACCCACUUCAGCACUUUCCCUUAUCGCCAGCCAGUCCCCUCCCCCAAAAUCUCUAAGCCUAAAUCAGACACUCCCAAGCUGAAGGUGCAGCACAAGUUUGUGGAGGAGAUCAUCGAGGAGACAAGGGUUGAGGAUGAGAAGACAGAAGACAUUGAUAAGGACCUGGAAGAGAUAGCACAAGAGCUGUCUGCCACACUUGGAAAGGGAGUAGCUGAGGCAGAGGAAGAGGAGGGUGAAGAGGCAGGAGAGGAUGCAGGAGAAGGUGAGGCAGAAGAAGCAGAAGGCGAGGGUGAGGCUGAGGAGGAGGAGGAAGUUGUAGCUGCCACUGAAGCCAAAGUUAGCGCUAGCGCGCCCACUAAGGAGGAAGAGGAGGAUGAAAAAGACGAAGAGGAAGAAGGGGAGGGAGAAGCAGGUGAGGAGGGAGAGAAGGAAGAAGAAGGUGAGGGAGAGGCAGAAGAUGAGGGAGAAAAGGGGGAUGAUGCAGAGGCAGGUGAUGAAGAUGAGGGAGAAGAGGGAGGAGAGGAGGAGGAAGUUGAAGAAACUGUACUGUGCUCCAAAGCUCCAGAGUCUAAAGCCUCUCCUGACAAAGAGAAGGCCGAAGACAAAGAGGCUAGUGUAGAGGAGGAGGCUGCAGAGGAAGCUGCUGCUGAAGAGGAGGGUGGUGAUCAGGAUGAUGCUGAGAAAGAGGAGAAAGAGGAUACAGACAAAGACAAAAAGGAAGAUAGCGAAAAAGAUGAGAAGAAAGUAACAGAUGAGAAAGUGGACGACAAAUCAGAAGAAGUUGUAGCUAAGACAGAGGCUCCCAAAACAGAAGCUGCAAAGCCUGAGGCCAAGAAGGAAGAGGCUGCCAAAACAGAGGCAUCAAAACCUGAAUCUCCCAAGUCUGAAUCCCCAAAGCUGGGCUCCCCCAAGUCUGAAUCCCCAAAGCUUGGCUCCCCCAAGUCUGAAUCCCCUAAACCUCAGUCUCCUAAAUCUGAAUCUCCCAGACCCGCAUCUCCCAAGUCUGAAUCCCCUAAACCUCAGUCUCCUAAAUCUGAAUCUCCCAGGCCUGCAUCUCCCAAGUCUGAAUCCCCUAAACCUCAGUCUCCUAAAUCUGAAUCCCCCAGGCCAGCAUCUCCCAAGUCUGAAUCCCCUAAACCUCAGUCUCCCAAAUCUGAAUCUCCCAGGCCCGCAUCUCCCAAGUCUGAAUCCCCUAAACCUCAGUCUCCCAAAUCUGAAUCUCCCAGGCCCGCAUCUCCCAAGUCUGAAUCCCCUAAACCCCAUUCUCCUAAAUCUGAAUCUCCCAGGCCCGCAUCUCCCAAGUCUGAAUCCCCUAAACCCCAGUCUCCUAAAUCUGAAUCUCCCAGGCCUGCAUCUCCCAAGUCUUUGUCACCUAAACCUCAGUCUCCUAAAUCUGAAUCUCCAAAGCUUGCAUCUCCUAAAUCCGAGUCCCCCAAGGCUGGAUCCCCAAAACCUAGCUCUCCAAAAGCCGAGUCCCCUAAGUCAGAAUCCCCUAAACCCGAAUCUCCAAAAGCUGAAUCCCCAAAGACUGAGACCGCCAAGCCCGAGGCUCCUAAAGCUGCUGAGGAGAAAAAGAGCGACUCAACAGAAGACAAGAAGGUUGAAAAGAUAGAUGUUGCCAUGAAUGGCGACAUAGACAAGAGCAGCCCAGAGGAGAAGGAGAAGGACGAGGACAAAGACGUGAUCGCUAACGGCGUAGAUGAGAGCCCCGUCAAGGAGGACGGCAGCCAGAAAGUGGUGAUCACCAAAACUGUGGAGACAAUCACCACCGGAGAAGACGGAUCCAAGCACGUCACCAAGUCCGUCACUGUGACCGAAACAGUGCAGGAGGUGGAGGAGACGCUGCAGGAGAAGAUGGUCUCCACCAAGAAGCUGGAGAAGCACUCCACCCAGUCCAUCAAGCAGGUGACUGAGAGCGACUGAGGAGAAUCCUGCGAGGAGAAGAGGACAUGAAGAGAAGCAAUCAAACCAGAACUAAAAUAACAAAGAAAAUCAUACAGCUAGAGCGAUGUAAAAAAAAGAUAACCAUUCUCGACCAUACGAAACAAAUCAUAGAGAAAAGCCAAAACUUAAAUGCUAAAAACUUCAAAAAUGCAUGUUGAGUGAAAGCUUUAAAUGGGCUUCGCUGCAGACGCGGUCAGGAGCAAGUGAUCGAGACAUUUUAUCCUUCUUUCUGCAGAUUACUGGUGAGUUCAUGUGCGGGAGGGUGGGGGUCUCUGCAUGCUAGCUCAGGGGAGAGGAGUACUUUCCUCUCUUAUCUGUAUGUAUGGUAGAAAUACACUAUAAAAUGAGUGAAUAUUUAAAAGGAAUACAUGUAAUGUGGGUGGGUGAGUGAGAUAAAUAUUAUUAAAGUAGAGCAGGUUU